AUGUCAGUCCCCAGGCCCGGCAUGCGCCCUCCAAUUCCUCCUCGGAAUAAUCCCCGAGCAACUCCUGUAGGUCGGCUGGCGAGUCUCAAACCACCGGGUGGUGGCACUGCUAUCAAACGUCCUCAGUCCAUUGCCCGUCCUCAGCCGGCGAGACCAACCACUCAUCCCAAGACGUCGACCUGCCCUAACCCCGGCUGUCCCGCGCCUCACAUUGUCGAGGAUGACGGACAAAAGGUCUGUUCCGGGUGCGGUACUGUCAUCAGCGAAGCAAACAUCGUCUCCGAGGUCACCUUUGGAGAAACCUCUUCGGGUGCUGCCGUCGUUCAGGGUACCUUUGUGGGUGAAGAUCAAUCCCAUGUCCGCAGUUUCGGCCCGGGCUUCCAAGGCGGGAGUGGCAUGGAAAGUCGAGAAAUCACGGAGCAGAAUGGCAAUCGUUAUAUCAGUCAACUGUCACGUGCACUGAUGAUACCUGAAAGUGCGAUGAAGGCUGCCGGUCAGGUCUUCAAACUUGCCGUGGGCCUGAACUUCAUUCAAGGUCGUCGCACGAAAACGGUCGCGGCGGUCUGCUUGUACAUCGCCUGUCGUCGACAGGAUGGUAACACCAUCAUGCUCAUCGAUUUUGCUGACGUUCUCAUGAUCAACGUAUUCAAGCUCGGUCGAACGUACAAGUCCUUGUUGGAUGAAUUGCGUCUCGGUGGUAACGUGUUCCUAAUGAACCCCAUUGACCCUGAGAGCUUGAUCUACCGGUUUGCCAAACAAUUGGAGUUUGGCAAUGCCACCAUGCAAGUGGCUAGCGAAGCCGUCCGGAUUGUUCAGCGCAUGAACCGUGAUUGGAUGACUACUGGUCGUCGUCCUGCCGGUAUCUGUGGUGCAGCUCUUAUUCUUGCAGCACGCAUGAACAAUUUCCGCCGAACUGUUCGCGAGGUUGUCUACGUGGUCAAAGUCACGGAAAUCACCAUCAGCCAACGUCUCAAUGAAUUCAGCUCGACGGAGAGCGGAGAGUUGACUGUCGAUCAAUUCCGUUCUGUCCAGCUGGAGAAUGCUCACGAUCCACCCUCUUUCACUCGAGCACGCGAGGGAAGGAAACCUUCCCGGAGUUUCAAAAGAAAGGCCGCCGAGACUGCGGCCGAGAUUGAAGGCGAAACCCAGGAUGCCGCCGGCACGCGCCAACCGAAUCGCGUCGAUGCGGAUGGCUUUGCCAUCCCUAGCAUCCCUAUUGAUCCGGCUCUAAUGGAGGGCGAUCACCACCGACGGCCGUCGACCGUAUCCACCAUCAGUGAAGAUGCGUCGGAAGCCGACCGCGACUCUACUCCGGUUAGCUCUGGCCGUCGUAAAGGCUCCCGCAAACCAGAGCUUCCCCAGCCGACACCCGAUCAACUCGCUUCGGAGGAGGCUCUCGAGGAUGAGAUGACCGCAUUGUUAGCCAAGGGCUCCAACAUGACAGAGAACCAGGUGUACGCAGCAAAAUCAGGCCAGCAGACGAUCAAAAAUAUUUCCGAGAGCGCGGAGAUCGACGAGGCGGAGUUCGAGUCGGAUCCAGAGGUCGCAAACUGUCUCUUGUCACCCGUGGAAGUUGAGAUCAAAGAGCGAAUCUGGGUGCACGAGAACAAGGACUAUCUACGAACGCAGCAGGCCAAGGCCUUGAAAAGAGCCUUGGAGGAAUCAGAUUCGCGUCCCGGGAUGCACAAACCUCGCAAGCGCCGUAAGGGUCGACUAGGAGACGUUACCUAUCUAGAGGGUGAAGGUGAAGAUGGGGACGGACGAAGCACUCGUGCGUCAACGCCGGCAGAGGCGACUCGUCGGAUGUUGGAGCGAAGGGGAUUCAGUAAGAAAAUCAAUUACCGUCUUCUCGAGUCGUUGUUCGGCGAGGAAGGCGCCGAGGACGCUGCCAAGGCAAAAGCGGAAAGCGCGAGCCGAAGCCAGAGUGUAUCAUCACGACGCAGUGCCAGUAUCGAACCAGAGGCGGCCUCGAGGCGGGCAAGAAUCGCAACUCCUUCGCAGAUCAAGCCUGCUGGCUCUCCUCCAUCUCCGGCCGGCGAUUCGGCCAGUGCCAACCUGCCUACUCCUGCCGCCACCGGUGAAACCAAUGAAACGGUUUUGGGUCCAGAUCCCGACGCAAAGGGCGAAGAGAACGAGGAAGAGCCGGAUGAUGAUUACGAUGAGGAUGAGGAUGACCAGGAUGAUGGCCUGGACGCUGCAUUCUCCGGACACUACGGCGAUUACUAUGACGAGGGGAGUGACUAUGAUAGUGAUUAG